ACGUCAAAAUAUAUGAAUACCCCAUGAGGUGGUAUAUGUAGUGACAAUUUAAAGAUAUGUAUAGAUUUGUAUAGCUUUUUUAAAGUCAAAAACUCAAACGGAAUAAAUUCAAAAUUUUUCCCCGUCCAGACGACCCACUUCCACCUGGGCCUGGGAAGCCAUGACAUCGAGCAAUGUGCAGAACACGUUCGAUAGGCUGCUCCUCCUGCCGGGAGUGAUUGGGGUCGUCCUGGUCGACGGCGACGGGGUGCCCAUCCGGACCAACUUGCCCGAGAACGCUGCCCAGAUGUACGCCAACCGGAUGAGGCCGCUGGUGGCGCUGGCCCGCUCCAUGGUGCAGGAGAUGGAGACCGGUGACCAGUUGAGCUACGUGCGGCUGCGCACCCGCCGCCAGGAGCUGAUGGUGGCCACCGAGAACGAGCACACGAUCAUCCUCAUCCAGGACAACCGGGCGCUGGACGAAUCCCGGCGGAGCAGUGCCGUCUCGCGGAGAUUGUCGAGCUGAGGUGUGACUAGAGGAGUCGAGUCCUAGUCCUGCAAGCGGGCGGCCUUAGUCAAAUGACAUAAACAAGCUGCGCCAGCGGGGGUUGGCCGGGUGAAAAGACCUUGCACAGUACGAGCUCGCAAAUCCCGAGCACAAAACUGAAAUUGUGAGUCGGCAUUGCAGCGCUGGGCAAAGCACGCAAAAUAAAAUCCACAUCCAGGCGGGGUAAAUUGUGUUUGCUUACCCUUCUCGAGGGUCGCAUACUUUUCGUAAAAGUAACACUUUGAUUUAACACUCGAUUAUCUUCGGAUAUCAACUUAUAAAAUUUAGUUUUCAAUGUAUAUCGCAGUUCUUUGUGAAUAGGGUGUAUAAGAAUAAUCAAAUUAUUUAUUGGUUAA